GCCCACCGGAGCUUGAGACUGAGAGGGAUUCGCAGAGAGUCUACGCCGUUCACAGACUCCCAGCCAUAGCCAAGAUCGGCGUCUCGCCUUCUACAUCUCCCCUUCGCCGUCUCGCAGUCCCAACUAUCCCAAUCUGCGGCGUCUCACCUUCGCCGUCUCGCAGAGCCGACUCCCGGACCGAAAGAAAUCAGGGGGCAUAAUAAUAUAAUGGUGCGAGGUAAUUCAAAUGCACGCACUAUACAACCUCUUCCACCCUAUAGGCUAGCAGGACUGUCUGAGACUUUGAAGCAAUGGGUCGUAAGUCCGUCUCGUCCAUCCAUAUGGAUGCUACAUGACGAUGAAGAGCGUGCUGUACAAAUGUCAGAAACUUUCCGACAGGUCAUGAGGCCAAUGUUUAGAAAAAUUUUCUGGAUUGGUUUUGAAGAAAAUAGCUCACAUGGGUCGUUGUUGCUUGACACGGAGGUGAAUACUUGGGGUUCUUUUGUGGCGAGUGAUGGCCGGAGGGGGGAUAAGACAGUAGAUGUGAUUGAGGGUAUGAAAUGUGACAUUAGAUCCCUAAGAGAUAUAGUUGACUUGGUGGUUGCUUCGGAGCCACCACCAGCACAUCCACACCAACCUGCAAAUCACAUAAACAUUGUGAAGAACUUUCUAAAGAUGUGCAAUGCGGCCCUUAAGGAGGAAGGUUUUGAGAAGCUCCGCAUGUACGUGUACUUCAUUACGAAGAAUGUCAUUAUAUAUGACAUGACAGAGGAGCUGGUAUUUUUGGAUAAGAUGUGGCAUGUAUAUAAAGCAAAUCAAACAGAUUUUAAGAGCGAUAUUAAAUUGAAGAAGCUAAAUGGUUAUAUUACUUUGGAGAAUGUAGAAAAAGACUCGCCUUUCUAUCCUCUUCUUUUUGAUGCAAUUGGUGACUUCCAACCAUAUUAUACCUUUGGUCAUUCGGCAUUGCACUUUUACUUCAAUUGCAAGAGGCAUGUGCAGGAAAGCUCUAAUUAUUGGCCAAUGACUGCUUCUGAUAUUCAUCAAGAAAUGUUAAGGUUGAUUCCAUGCUUUGUUGCGGAAUUGUUUGAUGAGAUUGCCCGUGUCUACGGUUUUUCUAAUAGGGUGAAUCCUCUGGACAGGAACAUAAUCACAAUAUUCGAGGCGCAUCCGUAUAUUCUAUGGCCAACAACAUUGAUUCACUUGAGAGAGCUUGCGUACUAAGGAUCUUCAUCAGUCUUCUAUAUUUUGAGUGUCUAUGCUCUGAGCGUCUAUUGUGUGUCUGUAGUGUACUUCAAAUUAAACUCAUACGUUGAUGUCCUAUUUGACUGCUGCAUAAUUGGCUUGAGCACUCUCAACAAACAUGUGUAUUGUUUAUUACCUGUCUACUUCUAAAAAUCUUAUUAAACCACUUGUCAACUAAAGGGGAGAUUGUGGG